GUGUGGGGAGGGGGAGAUUCCCACCAAGCUCACCCUUGAGUGUCUGCCAGGGCCCUACUCCCUCCCACACACCCACUCCCCACCCUCCUUCUGACAUUAGUCCUUCCUGUCACCUCUACCUCUCUCCAUGACCCAGAUCUGCUUACCUAGGCCCAAAGCCCUUGCUCAUCCUAUCCCAGUCCCUCCAAGGGGCUUGGGUGCUGGGCAGGAGUCGUGGAGUCCAGUGGGUCCAUGUAUGUCCCCCGGGGGCCCUAACCUGGCCCAGCUGCUCAACAGUGUCCUAGGCCUGGGGACACUGGGGCUCACAAUUCAGGCGAUCUUUUCCACGCCUGGCCCAGCCUGGCUGCUGCUGCUGCUCCUGGUCAGCUUCCUGGCCUUGGAUCUGCUCCACUGGCCCGCAGAUGCCCCCGAGACACAGCACAUACUUCCCACGGGAGGCCAGAGUCAGGGGCCUGGUGAGGAUCCAGGACGGCAGGAGGCUGUACUCCUAUCUAGGGUGGUGGUCCCAGGAAGACUCAGCCCCCAGCAGGCUCUGCUACUGCUGCUUCUGGGCCUGGGGCUGCUCCUGGGAGCCUGCGGCAUGCCCUUGGCCCUGCUUGGUCUGGCUUUCUGCCUCCUUCCUUGGGUCUGAGUGCCCUCCAGAAAUACACUGGCCAUGCUGCUUC